UAUUGGCGGGAGAUUGAGAGGAAGGACAUUAAUUUAAAAGCAAGGUAACAAACUGAAAGUCAAUGCAAAAGUGUAGCUAGCUAGCUUCUAAACAUAGUUACUAAUUCCUAAUAAAUAAAUCUAUAAAUAACCCCAAUUAAAAACACAAACCUAAGCAUUAGGCAUUCAACAUUAAUCUUCAAAACAAUAAACAUGGCGAAUACGAAAACUCUUACUGUGCUUUUAGCUCUCCUUGUUCUUUCUAUGCUGGUCACUGAGGCUUUUGCAAGGCAUUACCAAUAUGGGAAUGGGAGUUUGAAGCCUAAACAAUGCAAAGGACGAUGUAAGAAAAGGUGCUCAAAGGCUAGAAAAACUCAUGAAUGCAUGUUCUUUUGUGUCAAGUGCUGCCGAACAUGCCUUUGCGUGCCACCAGGUACAUACGGCUACAAAUUUCUCUGCCCUUGUUACAACAACUGGAAGACCAAGAGGGGAACUCCCAAGUGCCCUUAAUCGCCCUUUCUUUAAUCUCGGCUAUUUAUACAUAGAGAUAACGGAGAUUGCUAUAUCUGUCUCGAAAGUUUUCUAUCUACCCCGUAUAAUUAUAUAUGGGUGAACUAGGAACUAAGGACUAACCCUACUAUCUACAUGACCACGUAACUCUACUACGUAGGUUGUGAUUUUCAUUUUGCUGAGGAAUUGCAUUAAGAUUUUACUACUAGAAAAUUUGUGUGUGCACUUUAGUUUUUAUUUUAUUUUUAUAUUGUUAAGAUGUAUUUAUUGGCUAAUUAUCCCAUUGCUCCAUUAGAGGGUCUAUAGUUGUGAACCCCACAAUUGAGAGCGUGAUUGGGCUUACAUUUUUGGCCAUUUUGGUGUUUAAUAUAUUACCUCUGUUUUCUUCUC